AUGGGUGAUGUUGAAAAAUGCAAGAUCUUGAUUCAGAUGUGUUCUCAGUGCCGCACAGUUGGAAAAGAUGGAAUAAAGACAGAACCAAAUCUUUGGGGUUUAUUUGGCCGCAGAAUGGGACAAGCUGCAGGACUUUCUUACUCAGAUGCAAACUAGAACAAAGGAGCUGUCUAGAGUGUGAAUACACUGACGGAGUAUUUGGAAAACCCUAAGAAAUACAUUCCUGGUACAAAGAUGAUUUUUGCUGGAAUUAAAAAGCAGAAUGAAAGAGCUGACAUUGCAUACUUGAAAAAGCAACUUCAUGAAACACUGCUGCAGCAGCUGUAA